AUGGAUGCCUCGGAAGUACUUCGCACAAUUGCGACGCUUAACACACGGAGCGUUCGAGCGGAAAAGAUUAUUGCAAAAUAUAAACAUAACCUAGCUACAGUACGACAGUCGCUAGCGCAGACCAGCAACGAGCUCGACGAGACUAUCAAAGUGGCCGAACUUCUCUACGAUGUCAAUCGAAGGCUUAGGACCGUCACGGACUACCUCCUUAGAUAG